ACAGGCGCAGCGCCACACAAAAUUCGUCUGUCGUUCGCUGGCUGGUUGGCUCGUUGGCUGAUGCUUUAUUUUGCAUCACCCGCAUCGUCAGCUCGCAACCGCGGAGCUAUACCAUAAGUACACGUAUCCCAUACACUUUACUAAUUUACCUUACGAAAAAGUGUGUUUAGCAUUUUUUACUGGACAACGAAAAUUUAUACACGUGGAGUCAUGGACAUCAGGAGCUUCUAAAGCUCAUUGGUGUUAAGGUGACGGACGGAAGAGAGAGUGAAAAGUUGCAAUACUUACAACCAUCAGAAGAGAAGAAGUAAAAGUUCAACGUUGUGUACAUCAAUUUGUAGUUGGUACCUAUAACUUAUCAUCUCUCAAAAUACCUAUCUAUUACUAUCCACCUAUCCGAUAAAGGAGGGGACGACACAAGCACGAGGACAAAGCACAUAGUACUUACUCCUUCUUUUGGAGUAGCAAGAUUGAGGUGUGUUGACGGACGAACGAUUGGGAGGAGAAAAAUCCUGGAAACAACGUUAGAAGAGCACCAAGCUCUUCUUUUAACUCGCAAAAGUGUCGGAACUAGAACCCAGGGCGAAGAUGAGGGCCGCGGGCAUUGCGUUGAUCAGCGUCGCACUUACGUGCGCCGUUAUCGGCAAUGCCUACUAUCAGAAGAAGCAGUUCUAUCCGUCGGUGGUCUAUAUAACCAAGUCGAAUCCUAGUAUGGCCGUCAUAUAUGUUCAAGGUCUCAUACUUGUUUUGAUGGCAAAUUCUCUAUUGAGGAAAAUUUUCUUUGGAAAUCUAAGAGCUGCAGAAUUUGAACACUUGAUGGAAAAACUCUGGUAUGCCGUGACAGAAACGUGCUUGGCAUUCACAGUCUUUAGAGAUGACUUUAGUCCAAAAUUUAUUGCAUUGUUUACGUUAUUACUAUUUUUAAAAUCAUUUCACUGGCUAGCUGAAGACAGAGUUGACUAUAUGGAAAGGAGUCCAGUGAUAACAUGGCUAUUCCACUUGAGAAUAGGCACGUUGUUAGCACUACUGUUUUCAAUAAACUUGGCUAUGUUCAAUUAUGCUUACACAUCAACACUCUCAAAAGGACCUUCUGUACAACUUGUAUUUGGUUUUGAAUAUGCUUUGCUGCUUACCGUUGUUUUGAAUAUUAACAUCAAGUACAUUCUUCAUACAAUCGAUUUGCAAAGGGAUAACCCUUGGGAUAAUAAGCCUGUAUUUUUAUUGUAUACUGAGUUGAUAAUUGGUUUAUUGAAGGUUAUGCUGUAUCUUGCAUUUGUUGGAAUUAUGAUGAAAAUAUUUACCCUACCUCUAUUUGCCUUCAGACCCAUGUAUUACACAAUGAGAAACUUUAAAAAAGCUUUCCACGAUAUUGUGAUGUCUAGACGAGCUAUUAGAAAUAUGAAUACCAUGUAUCCUAACGCGACACCGGAAGAACUGGCUGCUGCUGAUAAUGUUUGCAUCAUCUGCAGAGAGGAGAUGGUUUCCGCAAGCAAAAAGUUACCGUGCAAUCACAUUUUCCAUACGGCUUGCUUAAGGUCUUGGUUUCAACGUCAGCAAACGUGUCCUACAUGUAGGUUGAAUAUUUUAAGACCUAGUCAAUCAACGACGCGACAACAAAUUCAAGCUCAACCUCAACCUCAACCUGUACAGCAACCGGCCCCACAGCCUCCUCCUGCUCCUGGACCAAAUCAGCAACCUGCUCCACCUUUCCAAUUGCCACCAUUCUGGGCGAAUUUUCCGGCACCACCCCCAAUACGCACCUCACAAGCAGCAUCUCAAGGCUCAUCGUCGCAACCACAGCAGCAACAACCAGGCACAAGCAGUAGUGACAGCUCUGCAGAUCCUCCUCUUGGUACGGUCGGUGGUUUCCCAGUAUUUUCUCCUUCGACUUUUCAAACGAUCAUACCCAUGCCACCGGUACCCUUGCCACCACUUAAUUUAUCAGCAUUGAGUGAAGAAGAAUUAAGGCAAAUGGAAGGUGAUAUGCGACAAGCAGUUGAACAUAGAAUCGAGACGCUAAGGAGGGUUUAUUUACUUAUGGAUGCGGCUAUAGCAAUGAUGGGCCAGUAUCAAACUGCUGCGGUUACUACAGGCAUUAGUGUCUCACCUACAAAAAGUGCGACGGAUGAAAGUUCUCAAUCAUCGACGAGUGCAAAGGCGGAAGAAAGCCCUGAAGCAUCGAGUUCCAACGAUGACGCGAGUACGAACGCAAACACCACAGACAAUUCUAAGCCAACAAAUGUAGACAAAGCGCAAAAUUCUAUUCAAAAGACUGUUACUAAUACACCGACCGAUGACGUAGCCGUGACCUUGACAGCAGCUGCACCAUCGUCUCCAAACACAAAUAACAUCAGCGAACCCGUGCCCUCGACGUCCCAGGUAAACGAGUUACCAAACGAUCAAGAAAUGCUGAGGCGGAGAAGAUUACAAAACUAAACGAAUAUUGACGAAAUACUGUCGGUAUUAUUUUUAUCAAUUUUAAUUCCAAAAAUUUUUCAAAUGAUAACACAAAUUUCUAUACCUGUUCUACCUUAAAUAUUGGUUCUUUCUAUCAGAUAUAAAGUAUUUCCAUGGAGUGGAAGUAUCACAGAUAAAUUUACAUUAAAAGUAACUGAAAUGUUGAAACAAAUAGUUACCUUCUUUAAAAUUCAACAAUAAAACGAUCUCUCUUAAACGAUUGCCGAUGCUUUAAAGAUCGUAAAAUGACUGAAAUUUUUUAAAAAUUACAGUAUACUUUACUUACUAGAUUUGAAAAACUGAAUAUGUUGAUAAAAUAGAUGCUGGAUAGCGCAGCCUCUCAAUGUGUGAUAUAAUUUGUGAGAGUGUCAUGUGAAAAAACUUGAUUAGUCGUUUGGCUUGACCUAAGCUUUGCUUGCUGAGGGUUACAAACAAAACUUUGACCAAUGAACGUUAGUGAAGGAUAAUGAUCCAGAAGGAAUUAAGAUUCAUAUUUUGAACUCAGGAAGGUCAAAAUAUUCUUUAAGAUAAGUAACGUUAUGAAUGAAAUUGAAUAAUAUUUUUAGUUUGAAAAAUGGAUUAAAUUUUUUUUUUUUUUUAAAUAACGAUUAAUUUUAUUAAUUAUAAAAUAGAUGAUGAAAUUAAUAUCGAAAUCUUUUUUGCAAUCAAAUUGUUUUUCAAUAAACUUUAACAGUACUUUUAUUAAAUAUCGAAAAAUAUAGUAUACUGCGUAAUUUUUUCUCACAAAUCAUAAAUGAGCAAAAAAAUAGUAUACUAUGUUUUGUUUGAUAUUUAAAACAUUUUUAUUUUCUCGUUUGAUAUUUUAUAAGACGUUAAAGAUUCUGUUGUUUGCUUUAAAGUAUCUAUUAUUGACAAAAACAGCAAAUUACUGUACAGAUAUUUUCGAAAAAAAAAAUUUGUUUAGUAUUUAGCCUGAGUGAGUGUUUCUAUCAGUGAAAUAUGUAAGUAAG